CUUUACUCCUUCAAAGAGGGAGCUACGAUUCUCUACACACGCAAGGGUUUUCUAACUGUACGCAGCAUCUUCUUCUUCUUCUUCUCCGUCACAAGUUGACAACAAACAAACAAUCUGAACCUCAUCUUCAAACAUCAACAAAUUCCAGUAACCACUCACCUCCAUUUUCACAAAACCUCUUUACACGCAACCUCCGUGAGUGUUUUGUUGGAUGUUUUAGGUUUUUGUUGGCUUCGAGGUUUCGAUAGUUUGAAAUUAUCGAAAUAUGCCGGUGAAUAAGUCGAAAUCGGAGAAGAAAGAUGCGGAAAAACCGUCUCUAAGAGAUCCGUACGAGGUUCUCGGUGUUGCUCGUAACUCUACAGAUCAGGAGAUUAAAAGUGCUUACCGUAAAUUGGCUCUGAAGUACCAUCCUGACAAGAAUGCAAAUGACCCUAAAGCGAGUGAUAUGUUUACCGAAAUAACUUUUUCCUAUAAUAUAUUAUCUGAUCCAGAUAAAAGGCAUCAAUAUGACACUGCUGGUUUUGAGGCUGUUGAAAAAGACGGUCAAGAUUUGGAGCUAGAUCUUUCAAGUUUGGGUGCUAUGAAUACCAUGUUCGCUGCAAUUUUCAGCAAACUUGGGGUGCCCAUAAAAACUACCGUAUCUGCCACUUUGUUGGAGGAGGCACUGAAUGGUUCAGUUACUGUUGAGCCAAUUUCUUUAGGCCAACCUAUUGUUCGAAAGGUCGAGAAGCAAUCUGCUCAUUUCUAUUCUGUUACAAUAUCAGAGCAAGAAGCGCAAGGUGGAUUAGUUUGCCGAGUGCAAUCAGCAGACAAGAGCAAGUUUAAGCUUUUGUAUUUUGAUCAAGAAGACAAUGGUGGAUUGAAUCUCGCCCUGCAGGAAGAUAGUGUAAAAACAGGGAAGGUGACGGCUGCGGGAAUGUAUUUUCUUGGUUUCCCAGUUUAUCGACUGGAUCGACCAUCUAAUUCAGUGGCGUCUGCGAAGGAUCCGGAUGCUGCCUUCUUCAAAAAACUAGAUGGAUUUCAGCCAUGUGAAAUAAACGAAAUAAAAGCCGGCGUGCACACAUUUGCGGUUUAUGGUGACAAUUUUUUUAAAAGUGUAAGCUACACAAUAGAAGUUAUCUGCACAGCUUCUUUUGUAGAAGAGAAGGAGAGUCUAAGAGAUGUUGAAGGUCAAAUUUUGUCAAAACGGUUGGAGCUCUCAAAGUUUGAAUCUGAAUAUAAAGAGAUGUUGUAUACUUGCAGGUUCUUGCACAAUUCACAGAAAUGACGGGUAGAUAUGCUCAGGAAAUGCAAGAGAUUGAUGACCUUCUUAAACAAAGAAAUGAGAUACACGCCUCGUACACAACGGCCCCACCAACAAAGCGUAGCGGUAGCAGCGGUCACAAAAUCAGGAGGCGAGGUGUGUCAAAGCAGUCAAAAGAAGAUGGCCACCAAAAGCCGUCAUCAGGGGAUAGGGUAAAGAAAAAGAAAUGGUUUAACAUUCAUGUAAAGGUUGACAAGAGGAAACCUUGCUGAAUACUUUUAAGCAUUUCGUGAAGAUCACAAAACGCUAAAUUAGAAUAUCCCGUUGGUAAGAAAGCAAUCUAUUGCAUUGCAUUGUGAUUGUACAUUUUGCUUCGUUUCGAUUACGAUUCUACAAGUUAUUUUAUGCUCUUGAACGAGUAAUAUGGUUCAUGUAGAGCCUAGAAAAUUUAUUACUGUCUGUAAAUUUGUUAUUGAUAUGUUACUUCUCAGUUCAAUUUUGUUUCUCAAGUAUCACAAGACAUGAUGUAAAUUUAAAUAUUUAUUUGUGAAAGACACUUUUGUGUGAUA